AUACACUCUCCCAAGAAAAUAAAACUCUAGCAAUACACACCAAACUGAGCAUGUGCAGAGUGUCUCCUAGGGCUCUCUUCUAUCAGGAGAUAUAUUGGGACAUUAGAGGAAGGGGAGGAUCAGAGAAGACCGGAUCAAACAGCCUUUUUAUAUAAUGCAAAGGAUUAACCCUUUAGGUUCCACAGUGAGUAUAACAAGCAUGCUUUACAGCCAGGGGCGGACUGACCAUUUGGAAACUCGGGCACUGCCCGAGGGCCCGGGGUCAGUAGGGGGCCCCAUGAGAUGCCCCUGGUACCUU